AGUGCACUGCGUCAGAGAUCCUGUCUUUACUCCCCAUGGCGCGGCUAGCAUGGCUGGUGUUCAAACAGUACUCUUUUAGUUUUAUAGGACAAUGAAGGUCCACAAGUUGAAAGUUGGAGAGGUUGCUUUUUAUGAGGAGUUGGGGACUGUGUAAGUUUCAACCAUUGGACUCCCAGUGCGUCUUCUACAAUGUUAACAGCAACAACAGCCGGCUGGAAAGUAGCUCCAGCCAGCAUCACAGGUCUCAAGGAGGAAUGCGACACAAUGAGAGACACCGGUAUAGACUAUCAUCUGAACUUCAGAAGCUUUCUCUGGAGGACUCUUCGUCUGAGAGGGGGAAACCUGCAAGGCAGAUGUCACCACCGGACUCAGCAGACGACCUUGACAUUGUCUUCGGCAUCGCUCCUUGCCUCCUGGCCCUCACUCAGGGUCGCAGGAAGGCCCUCAAACUUUUUGUGAAAGAUGGCCAGACCUCUCAGCGGGCCUCCGUUGUGAAGAUAUGCGAGGAGGCUCAUCGGCGAGGUGUUCCGGUCCAGCGGGUCAGUAAGCGGGAACUGACCAAGAUGUCUUCUGGUGGAGUUCACCAAGGAGUUUGUCUGCAAGCCACUCCACUGAGCUUCCUGACCGCAGACUCAACCCCCAGCUUAAAGUCCAAACCGCUCUGGCUCGUCCUGGACGGGAUUCAAGACCCCAUGAACCUCGGAGCGAUCUUGCGCUCCGCUUACUUCCUUGGCGUGGACCGAGUGGUCAGCAGUCUUCGCCACAGCUGCCCUUUGACCCCGGUGGUCAGCAAAGCCAGCGCAGGCGUCAUGGAGGUGAUGGGUGUGUACGGCUAUGAAGACUUGGAGGACAUGGUCACGGAAAAGGUUGCACAGGGCUGGAGGGUGGUGGGCACGGUGGCAGCAGGGGCUCCGGCGACGCACGUUCCCGUCACACCGUGUUCGCAUUUCCUGAUGAGCAAACCCACGCUGCUGCUGAUUGGAGGAGAAGGGGAAGGACUGUCCCAGAAGAUGCUCUUUCUGUGCCAGACGCUGGUGAGCAUUCCGGCGGGAAGAGAGCUGCUGCCUGGCGUGGAGUCGCUGAACGUGUCCGUGGCCACCGGCAUCCUGCUGCACUCGCUGCUGACCGCCACGAGGACGCCGUGACACUCGAGUUCCACUCCUUUAUAAAAACAUAUUUUAAAAAUGAAUAAAUGUUGAGAUUUUCUGACACAGUCUGACUUCC